AUGGUUAGGCUUGAGAGGGUGUUUGAUGUUAUGGGUUAUCCAGAUGAUUGUAAGCCAAGUUUGGCUGUAUUUUUGCUUGAGGAAAAUGCUUAUCAUUGGUGGGAGUUGGAGCGACAGCGAUAUGUGGGCCAGGUGGCUAUAUCUUGGACAAAUUUUAGGCUUGCAUUUUAUGAGCAUUUUUACCCCCGAUCUUUCCAUGAUGCAAAGCUAGCAGAGUUUCUAAAGUUGGUUCAGGGUACUAUGACAGUAGCACAGUAUGAGCAUAGAUUCAUUGAGUUGUCCAGGUAUGCUCCAUUGCUGGUAGCUAAUGAGGAGGAUAAGUGUCGCAGGUUUGUGGAUGGUUUGAGAGAGGAGAUUCGAUUUGUUGUGACUGCGAUUGGGCAUACUCGGUUUGUGACACUAGUUCAAGCGGCUAUGAGGGUUGAGAAGAGCAUUGACGAGGGACAUGCACAUGUGGAUAUGCGCCGUCAGUUUACUAGUAUGGGUGGCCCUAGCCAGGGUCUAUCCAAGAGAGGUGGUUCUACCUCUGGAUCCUCUUUUAGUGGCAGCCGAUCUAGUGGUUUCAGUUAUGGAGGUAGUUUUGGUAGUCAUGGAGCUAGACAGAGUCAGGGUUCAGCUCAGCAUUCAGUUGGUAGUUCAGUGAGGUUUCCCACCUCCUCAGGUAUUCAAAGGACUGAUAGGUCGGGUAGAGCUCUGCACCCACAGUGCCAGACUUGUGGGAGAUAUCAUUCUGGUCCUUAUCAGUUGGGGAGGUCAGGUUGCUACCGUUGUGGUCAGAUAGGGCAUAUCAUGAGGGAUUGUCCUCAGCUACUUCAGGGGGGUAGUAUGGCGUCGGGUUCAGUGGCAUCACAGAGUUAG